UAUGGAGGAUGAUGAACUUCCGUCAGAGGAUGGGAUGGGUGGGCGUGGCUCUCUACCUACUGCUCAGUGUCAUGGCGGUGUACUACGUCUUUGAGGUGCACACACGCAGUUUGGAGCGCGUGCAGAGAGGUGGGGUUGGCCCAGCGGCUAGGUCCCCUGCCGUCACCUGGUCUCUCCUGCCAUCGCUUCCUGUCUGGAUGUGGGCAUCAGUCUUCCUGCUGCCGUACCUGCAGCUCUUCCUCUUCCUGUUCUCAUGCACGAGAGCUGACCCCCGGGCCGUCGGGUACUGUGUACUUCCUGUCUGCAUUGCCCUGGUGUGUAGCCGCCGCCAUGCCGCCCAGACACCCGCCAAUCACAGAGCAGGGUCAGUGAUCAACACGUAGAGGGGACCAAUCACAGAGGCAGCAGUGGCUCGUUUGUGUUGAUGUUUGUGAUAUCACUUCCUGUGUGCCUUUUCAACAGUAUUAUGCCCUGUGGAUGUUAGCUCUCUGCUCUGUCUGUCAGGAGCUGAGUUCAGGACUGCCCUCAUUGUGGACUGUCAGGACCAAAGCUCAGCCCUGAGUAUUGACUCUGCCCUAGUGCGAACCCUCAGGAACAACGGAGCUGCCCUGAGCGUCGACUGUCAGGAUGAACAGUUUUUCAUACCUCAGUCUGCAACCUGUCUCUUUCUCCUGUUGUUUUGUUAUUGUGACUUCACAGACAGUGCUGUGCUGUGAUUGGCUGGAGGGUGUUGAAUAUGGUGACAGCAGCACCUCCAGCACCCACACUUACUUUAACCACUUACCUGAAGCAUCAGUACCGUUGCCAUGGCUACCACAGGUUAACAUUUAGAACAGAGGUUACCUGAGAGCUGCCAGCCAAUCACAGAGCAGGAUUUUCUGUGGUACUUACACAUGACACACACUGGUUACCAUGAAAACUUUAAA